UGAAAUGAAUGACAAAUGAUGAGAGAGAGAGGUACAAAAUGAUUUACAGGGGCAAGCUCCACCUGUGUGGAAUUCAUGAAGAGUGAGAAAGAAACCGCGAAAUAAGAUACCACGCUCUUCUUGUUUAUAUCAACACAAACGCCCCCAAACCUCUUUCUCUCUCUAAGAUACCACGCUCUUCUCGUUCCAUUCCUGCACAGAAACCCAACCUCCCUCUCUCUCUACUCACGAGGAAGACAUAGGACCUUCGCUUUCUCUUGAUUUCAGAGACCUAAAGUCGUGAAAUUGCAGAGGUUUUUGCUAGUCAAUUGCUUCUUUCUCUAGAAAUUGGGCUUGGGCUUCUCUUGAUGGCAUCAGGGGAUGCGCGGCCAUGGUUUUUUGCUUCAGUCCAACCAAUAGGACUUGCAGAUUGUUACUAGCCGAUAUUUAUAGUUUCAAGCUUGAACUACUUUGCCUAUAAAGAAGCAAGUAAACCCUGCAAUUAGACUCCCUUUCUUAUUUGAGGCACUGGCAGCUGCAAACUUUGUUUAAUUAAAUGAUGUGGUUUGGAUUUUUUAUGGAAAGACAUUGCUGUUUUGUGACGUGAGAAGAUUUGAAGAGUCAUCAUGAAAAUGGGGACCAACAACCGAGGUGGACUUUUAAGGAAACCAAAUGAGACUAUGAGGCUUAUUAUUACUACUGUUUUUGGAGUUGUUUUUGGUUUCUUGAUAGGGUUUUCCUUCCCCUCUUCUUCUUUAACAAAGUUCAACUUCCCCACUGGACUUCUGUCUUCUGUUGACCUUUCAUUCAUCGAGGAUAAGGACUCUGGGAUUGCUACCCAAGCACUUUUGAACCAUGCUUGGACAACACGAAAUAUGAAUAAGAGCAGAUCCAUGCAAAAUCAUAACUCCACAAAGAUAUACAUUCCAACAAAUCCCCGUGGUGCUGAGACACUACCCCCCGGAAUUAUUGCAUCUGAGUCAGAUUAUUACCUUCGGAGAUUGUGGGGUAAGCCUAGUGAGGACUUGACCGUUAAACAAAAGUAUCUGGUGACAUUUACUGUGGGAUAUGAUCAGAAAAGUAAUAUUGAGGCAGCAGUUAAAAAGUUCUCAGAAAAUUUUACUAUUUUGCUCUUCCACUACGAUGGAAGGACAAGUGAAUGGGAUGAGUUCGAGUGGUCAAGGAGGGCUAUUCAUGUGAGCGCAAGGAGACAAACAAAGUGGUGGUACGCCAAGCGCUUUUUGCACCCGGACAUCGUAGCCCCAUAUGACUACAUAUUCAUUUGGGAUGAAGAUCUAGGUGUUGAGCAUUUCAAUGCAGAAAAGUACAUAGAGCUGAUAAGAAAACAUGGUCUGGAGAUUUCACAGCCUGGUUUGGAUCCCAAUAGAGGGUUGACAUGGCAGAUGACAAAAAGAAGAGGAAAUAGCGAAGUGCAUACAGAAACAGAGGAAAGGCCUGGCUGGUGCAGUGAUCCCCAUUUGCCACCAUGUGCAGCCUUCGUUGAGAUAAUGGCGCCAGUGUUUUCUCGUGAUGCUUGGCGUUGCGUUUGGCAUAUGAUUCAGAAUGACUUGGUUCAUGGAUGGGGAUUGGAUUUUGCUCUAAGAAAAUGUGUCGAGCCUGCACAUGAGAAAAUAGGUGUGGUGGACUCUCAGUGGAUAGUGCAUCAAGUUGUUCCUUCGCUUGGAAACCAGGGGCAGUCGGACAAUGGUAAAGCACCAUGGGAAGGAGUUCGGGAGAGGUGCAGAAAAGAGUGGGCUAUCUUUCAAGGUCGAAUGGAGAAUGCAGAGAAGGCGUAUUUUGCAGAGAUGGGGUUACCUCAACCCAAUAUCUCGAAAGCACACUGAAGAUUUGUUUACUUUCGUAGCUUUGUAGGAGAAUUUUUGUUUAAGGGUGGAAUCUGACUGGUGAUUGUAGAAUGUCAUUUUUAUGUAGUAAUUUUUCAUAUAAUUUAAUCUCCCCUUUUUUUAA